UACCCUAGCGCCUCGUAUCUCCCCAUCAGAGACGGCAUCACCUACCUCCGCUACCGCGUCAGCGGCCACCCCGGCAGCGGCCCGGGGACGAACAACCGCGGCCGCGUGAGCUGCUCGUACCGCUCGGUAAUUUGGUGGUGCAACGAGAGCCCGGCCACCACACAGCUGGACGGCUGGGGCCCUGUUGCCGACGCGGCGCAGACUAUUAUCGACGACUGU